AUGUCUUCUGGAAAAGACUUUAUCUUGGACAUAGUUCCUAAGGAAGCUAGUCCUGAUUCUAGUGUUGUCAAGUUCAUUGUGAAAGAUAGGGAGAGUGCAUUUUGUAAAUACAUAAGGACGCCAUUAUUGGGUAUAUUGGGUUCAAUUUUGUGUGCAUAUUUUGCAUAUGUCACGUCUAAAGUAUAUACUCCUAAUCAGAGUAUAUUAACUUUGGAAGGACUCAAAUAUUUAAGCACUCAAUAUGAGACUCGGGAUUUAAUAAUUGGCGUUGUGUUAAGUAUAAUUAUAUUGAUGAUUUACUUGAGACAAGAAAGACAAGACUCGAUGGUUGUAAUGAAAGAUAUUGGUAUACAACUCAAUUCGCAGGGAAGGUGGAGACUAAUUGGGAAAAACACUGAUAAGAAUUGCUUUAUUCCUCAAACAGAAAUUAUUGAUUUAGUAAUUCAUGAAGGAUUCCAUGGAUUUGGUCAAGUGAUAUUUUAUAUGUGUAUUCUCACAAAAUCUCAAAAUAGUAACAAUGACACUAGCAAAGUGAAGGAACAAAUCAAGAUUAACAAUAAAAACUGCAAUCAAAAUGAGAGCAUUAUAAAAAUAGCAUUCCCUGGGUUCCUUCCACGAAAAGAUAUACUUGUGGAAGUUUGGAAGCAGAGUAGGAACGUUUUAUUUGGGGCCAGUCGUCGUUAUUGGCGCCGCGUUCCUGGACAGGGUCUAAAGGAAUGUAAUUAG